CGGAGGGCGAGAAUCGCGGAGCGGUGGAGCGGGGUGCCGGAGCCGCUGCCGAGCCCCCGCGGGGGCAGCCCCCCCCCCCACUGGCAGAUUCGCACCCCCGCCAUGGAGGCGAAUCUGCCGAAGCGGAAGGAAACGCGCAAGUCGAUGAGGAUCAAAGUCAUUUCCAUGGGCAACGCCGAGGCGGGCAAGAGCUGCAUCAUAAAGCGCUACUGUGAGAAGCGGUUUGUUCCCAAAUACCUUGCGACGAUAGGGAUCGACUAUGGCGUCACCAAAGUGCAAGUCAGAGACCGUGAGAUUAAAGUGAACAUCUUUGACAUGGCCGGGCACCCCUUCUUCUAUGAGGUGCGUAACGAGUUCUACAAGGACACUCAGGGUGUUAUUCUCGUCUAUGAUGUGGGACAGAAGGAGUCAUUUGAAGCACUGGACACUUGGUUGGCUGAGAUGAAGCAGGAGCUGGGGCCUCAUGGAAACAUAGAGAACAUUGUCUUUGUGGUCUGCGCCAACAAAAUUGAUUGCACCAAGCACCGCUGUGUGGAUGAAAGCGAAGGACGCCUGUGGGCGGAGAGCCGGGGCUUCCUUUAUUUCGAGACAUCGGCACAGACAGGAGAAGGGAUCAACGAGAUGUUCCAGACCUUCUACUCCGCAAUUAUUGACCUAUGCGACAACGGGGGGAAGCGCCCUGCAAUGGGCAUGAGCAUUGGCUUCACCAAAGAGCAGGCGGACACCAUCCGGAGGAUCCGCGGCAGCAAGGACAGCUGGGACAUGCUAGGGGUCAAACCCGGAGCCACCAGGGACGAGGUGAACAAGGCCUAUCGGAAGCUGGCGGUGCUGCUGCAUCCGGACAAGUGCGUGGCUCCUGGCAGCGAGGAUGCCUUCAAAGCCGUCGUCAACGCCCGGACCGCACUUCUCAAGAACAUCAAAUAGGGACACUGGCUGGGAACCCCCUCCCCGCCUCACUGUACGCCAGGCCACCACGCUGUGACAGCCAGCUGAUGGGGCAAGUCUCACCUCAUGCACAUACUGUUGUCUCGUGAAGGGAGACAGGGCUGUCUCCUCUCCUGCCCCCAGUGAUUGCAGACGGAGCAGGCCUUGGCCCCGGGAGGGAUACAUUUCAGCACAUCUGUCAGUCCUGUCAGGGAGGAGGUGUCCUGCCCCCUCGAGCCCUCAGCAGGGUCCAAGACCUGGAUUCCCCCUUAGUGCCAGUGGAUGCAGCAUCAUUAAGGCAGUGAAGUUCCAUCCCCUCUCGCCAACCAGGGGUUGUGUUCUGCUCGUUUCAUGUCAAAUGUCCUCUCCCCAGGCUUUCCUGGCCUUCAAGGCUUCUCCUUUGGCAGGUAUUAGGCUUGGUUCUUCAUGGCUCUCACUGGUUGGUUAUCCCAGUGCUGAAAGCAACAGCAAGAAUCAUCUGGCAUGUUCCCUGGUGCCAUGCCCUGAAGCUCAUCUCCCUGCGUCCCCUCUGGAAUAGCAGAGGCAUCUGCCUGGUACGUGCAUUUGCUGCUCUUUACACUACAAAUACCUCUUAAGGCCUGAAGAAGCUGUACAGGUCCCUCAGUCCUCAGCCCAUUUUGCUGGUCCCUUGUAUCCCUCCAUUAAGUGUUCCAGAUCAGGGCCUGGGUUCUGGGCCGCAGCAGGGCACAAACCAUCCCUCUUCACUAAUCUCUCCAGGGGAAUAGACAGGAGGGGAAGAAGCUCUUUGACUUGGUCUGUGGUCCUGUGCUGACAGCACGGUGAGCUCCCUCACAAAAGCACAGCAGGGAUGAGAACAGGCGGGACAGGACGGUUCCAUCCCAGCACCACCCGUGCAUGGGCCAGCUCUGCAUGGAGGAGCUGGUACAACCCACCACCCUGGCCCUCAGAGCUGAUCUGGACCAAGGCUCACCUGGGGCACUGCUGAGCACUAUUGAGCUUCUGGCGACCUCGUGCUCAGCUCCACUAGGUUCAGGCCCUGCGCUGUUCUGCACCAAUCUUACACUUUCCUUGAGCGGCUGGGCAGACCACAGCUUUUCAGCAGCGUACCCAGCCUAGCAGCCUUGAAAGGGCAGCAGACACAUGAUGGGACCUUCCAUCAAGGGCCCUGCCAGGGUGGAUCCAGGAUUUCCCAAAGGAGGUACAGAAACAGCAUCCCACAUUUCAGCCUCUGCUCCCAGCCCUCUGUGCCCCACUAGUGCAAACGGGAGCCUCUGGGGACUUUAAGUCCCUAAAGCAAAUGAUCCCCCUGCUCCACCUGCCACUGCUGUUUUCUCAACUGUUUGGGGAGUGAGGAAGCUCCAGAGCCAGCUGGAUCGAGAGGGGCUGGGCUCAGCACGGGAGGGGGCAGCUGCAGAGGGAAACGAAAUCCUCUGUCCACCCCCCUGCUGCUCUUGUCCACCUCCCCAGCUGAGCGCCACGUAGCAGGCAGGAAGGGCUCUGGUGCUUCCCCACACCUGUAACAGCAGGCAAAGAUGGGGAGGGAGCUGUCUCUGAGCAGGAAGGGGAAGGGAGGCAGGAUUUCCAUGUGCUCCCAACUUUAAAAAGUCCCUGGAGGCUUCUUCAGUGUGGCCUCUCUGCAUCCACCCCUAGGUGUGCACCGCUGGGGUGCGCACAGUAUGUGGUGGCCAUACUGGACCAGCUCCGAGCACUGGCUCCAACACGCGCAGACAACUUGUGGCCCAGUCUAGACUGGCUGCAGUGUACGGUCCCGAUGCAGCCCACGCACUGUCCCAGCAACCGUCAUCUGUAUGGGGCCAUGAGUUUGAUACCCCCUGCUACAGGCCAACAGACUGUCAGCGCUCCACUGCUGCCUGGUGAGGGGCCGUGAGAACCAUCUAUUGGGUCAUGUUCAUCUCUCUGCACCCAGAGAUGAGCCAAGUCUGUGUCGCCUCACGAGCAAAGCUCUAACCCCAGCCAGAGACUGCAGGAUGUGGGGGCUGAUUCUCCCAGGCCAGCUGAGCUAGUCCCAACAGCAGUGCUGCCCUGCAGACUCCUAAUGGCAUCCCCGAACCCAGUGGAGAGUUGGGCUUGAAAGAAGACUUGCCACCAAAGGGAUGAAGAGACAUCUCUCCUCCAGCAGAUGCUUGGGUACCAGGAGCCAUCUCCUUCCCACACACCCAGGCCAUGUGGUGUUGGUGACUCCAGUGCUGAAGUCUCCUUGGGUCAACCUGCUGCUCUGGGGAGUACGCACUUCUUCUCGAAAGGCAUUUCUGCUGCUACUGCAUGCACAAUCUCUUCCCCCAGUGCAGGCCCUGGCCCAGAGCAUGCCCCAUUUGUCCUGCUCACUAAGGCUCCCAGGUGGGGAGGCAUCCAGUUCAGUGCCAGUGAGAGCAGAGCUUCCUGAAGGGGAGGCUUGAUGCCCUUGUAAUCAGCACCUGGCUGGUGAAGACAGUGUUCUCCACUGAGACAGUGCACUCAGCACCUCUACCCCUUCCAGCCAUGUGGACUUCCUCUGGCUCGCAUCCUCCUGGCAGUGUCGGAGGCAGGCUCUGGGAGCUACACAGACCUCUCCCUGUCUCCAUUGAAUGUAUGCGUGACACACACAGGUACAAGCUGGCCAGGUGGGGACUGGUCCUGCAUUUCAGGGAACAGAGAAUUUCCCUGCCACGGAGCUGGAGUGCACAGAUGGCAGUUUUCCCAGGGUAGCUGCAUGCAACAGGCAACUAUUACAGCGCCCUGUUGCCAGGUGGUGGGGGAGUAAUCCCCUUUAUCCUGAGCAAAUAGCUACCCCAAGAUAAACUGCAGAUACAAGACAUGCACUGGGGUAAUUCUACCUUGUUCCUUCCCUUUAAAAUUCCUCCCCCGCAAAUCUGGAUCUGAGCAAGGCAGCUUCGUAGCAGGUCCCCGAUGACAGAGGUUGAAUGCAUCUGAGACCAGGCUGGAAGCGGCAGCCAGCUCUGGUAGGAGCCCCCUUGGGUGACUUACCGUUGCCCUCAUUUUGUAUUGCAGUGGACAGAAGCAUUAGCACUUCGGAGAUACCCAGGGCGUGAUCUCUAAACCCCCAAAAGCCAGAGCUCUGCUCCCUCUCCUGAUCCACCCACGCACUUUAGGCUCUGACACUCUCCUGUUUCACUCAGGCCACGGCUGGGUGUUUCUGCUGGGGUGAGUCCUCCCAUCCAGCCCCUGACUUCGCUCCCCCCUCCCUGCUCCUGGUCCCUUCCUUUGUCAGUCAUUGUCCCCAUCAUAAAGGUAAAACUGCAGCACGUGGGGCAUGCUGCUGUUGUGCGUUUCCACUUACCGUGGUCUGUCUCCGGGCUGUGUUGCACUUGUGAGGCCUUCAGGUAGUCAGUGGGCACCUGACAUUAUAAUGUGGUGUUUAUAGUUGCACUUUUGGUUGAGAAACUCCAGCCAGGACUUGCCCCCUGCAAGCCCUCCGUGUGUGCUCCCAGCUGGUCCAACCAGCCUCCCUUCCCAAAGCCACGUGGAAAAAGACAAUCAGGAGGGGCUGGCGAAGCAUCACACCAAAAAGGAGUAAAACUGGAGGGAAUAAAAGCAGAUGGAGGGCCAGAUUUCCCUUCUCCCUCAGCAGGGUUCCCAAGCAAGUUGCGUGCAAUGGAAGAGAUCCCUUGUCUCUUGUUUUUGAAGCUGCUCUUCUGUCCUUUCCUCCCUCCCAUUUAUUUUUAUAACUAAGUUAUAUGCCUUUGUGGGGGGUGUUGGUUUGGGGAAACGUUCAGGUCGGAAUCGCUUCGAUCCUCUCCGGGUUUCUAAUGCAGGAUGGCAGGGAGACAGAAACUAAUGGCCCUGCCUUCUUGGACACGUGGGUGAGCACGCUGGGAUCGUGGGCAGUGCUGGUUUUCAACGAGCAGCCCAUCUCCUUUCCCAGAGAUUGAUGCUGAAAUCACUGGAGCGGGGUCAGUGUCUGGGGUUUGGCUUAAGACUUCUUUUGAACACCACCUUUGCAAGUCUCCUCAUCUCCAUCACUAAGGAAACCCCGCAACUGUGGCUCUGAAUCUGUUUGUCCAUGUGUUUUCAACCAGGAAGAGUGAUCCUGCUGCUACAGGGUACAAUCCCAAGCCACGUGGGCCAGUUGUAUAAGAAAGGACCCCUUUAAUGACCGAUGUUCUUCAGAAAGGCUUCCUGCGUUGACUCCUAUUCAGGGACUUGCAUACUCUUUCCGUGUUGUACAGGUGAGCGGUGGAUGCGCCGCGUUUUAUUCUAAAUACUGUCGGUGAGCUGACGUUGGUAUUUUUUGUGUCGUCGUCGUUCAUGCUGUGAACCGGUCGGCUGUAUUUCAGUGACUCCUCCCGCAUGGCUUGUAUAGAGCCUCUCUGGACUUCUGAGUUGUGUAUUUUUAUAAAAAUAAAACCAGCGUUAAAACACAA